UUCUUUCCAUACCGCUGACAGGUUAAUACUAUUAGACAGUUCUAUGAGAAUUUGGUUCCAAGCUACACAGUAUAUGACAUAGAUUGUCCGGACUAUUCAUUUCGCAAGUUCACUGAUGAUGGGAAAUAUCUUGUGGCUUUUAGCCGAAACCACCAAGAUUUGAUUAUAUACCGCCCCAUCUGGUUGACAUAUUCAUGCACUGAAGAAUGUGAUUCUCAUGAUCUUCCACCAAAAGCAAAGAAGUUUGAUAGCUUCUUUAAGCAGCUCUACUCAAUUCCACUUGCAUCCAGCAAUGAAUACAUUUGCAAGGACUUUUUCCUGUACAUGGAAUGCCAUCAAUUUGGCUUAUUCGCAACAUCAACCGCACAAAGUAAUGAUUCAACUGCCGCUGAGGGUGCAAUACAUGGCGUGCCAUCAAUUGAGAAAAUAACUUUCUAUCUUGUGAGGCUAGAAGAUGGCGUCGUACUGGAUGAAAAGGCUUUCUGCAAUGAUUUUAUCAAUCUGGCACAUAGUAUUGGUGCUUACUUGUAUGAAGACCUGCUUUGUAUUGUUUCGCUGAGAUAUCAAACAAUACAUAUCCUACAGAUCCGAGAUUCAGGCAACCUUGUUGAGGUACGCAGAAUUGGCGCUUUCUGCCGAGAAGAUGAUGAGCUAUUUCUUCACUCACAUGUUCAGAGUGGUUAUGGGGGUUCUUUUCUUCCUGGCAUCAAGCAACGGUUGUUGUCGUAUAUUUUUCGCAAGACAUGGAACGAAGUUCCAGAUCAGACUUUGAAGGUCCAGCAUCUCAAGAAGUUCUAUUUUCACUUCCAAGACUAUGUUGAUCUUAUCAUAUGGAAGGUACAGUUUUUGGAUCGCCAUCACCUAUUUAUCAAGUUCGGUAGUGUGGAUGGAGGGGUUUCUCGAAGCACCGAUCAAAACUUAGCAUUCUUUGCCGUGUAUAACAUGGAGACAACUGAUAUCGUUUCGCUUUACCAGAAUUCAUCGGAGGAGCUCUAUUCCUUGUUUGAACAAUUUUAUGACCAUUUUCAUGCCAAUCCACAAGAUUCAUCGCAUGGAAAAUUUAUCUCGUCGCACUCCAAUGAUAUUCAUGCUUUUGAUCAACUUUGCACAAUAAAAAAUAAAGCAAGCAGCUCCUCACAGUUUGUGAAAAAGAUGAUGGCAUCGUUGCCUUACACAUGCCAAUCACAGAGUCCUUCACCAUACUUUGAUCUAUCCCUUUUUAGGUAUGAUGAGAAGCUGAUUUCAGCAAUUGAUCGGCAUCGGCAUUGCACGGAGCAUCCAAUAAAAUUUAUAUCAGUGAGGUCACCAAAUGUUGUCAAAUUUAAGAUCAAGCCAGGUUCGGAUUCUGGUGCUGCUGACAGCAGAGCGAAAAGAAUCUCAUCCUUCUUGUUUCACCCAUUUUUCCCACUUGCACUUUCAAUUCAGCAGACUUAUAUGCAGCCAACUGUUGUCAAUAUCCAUUUCAGGAGAUAGAAAAAGCAUAGGUGUGUACCAUCAGUGUGCAUGCAGCACUGCUUGCUGCAAAAUUUUGGCCAUCUGUAGGGAUGUUUAGCUGACAGAUGUUAUAAUGGUGGUUGGGUAACAAGAGAUCUGUUAUUGGAAACUGAGAAUGACUAGUUUGGUUUCCCUUCCAAACAAGUACAAAAUGUAUAGAGACUCGUCAUUCAUCUUGGUCAAUGUGGCUUCACAAUGUUGACCUUGUUAUGCUGUCAGUUUGCCAAGAGCUCAGAGCGUCAAUGUGCUUGCUGCUGGAUAUAAGGGCAUGUAUGGUUGUAUGGCUUAAGAGGCUGGUUACAUAAAAUUGUUCUUGGGCAAGUUGAAGUUUGCAAGAGAGCUGGAUAUCAAAUGCUUAAGAUGGGGGUGACCUAAGUUGUGAUAUUGUUUUGGGUUGUCCAAGUAUGCUGAGGUAAUUCUCAUUGAGCCAUUGUGUCGUGCCAACAUAAUAUCUACAAUUAUCUCCAUUUGAUACGGACCCCAUGAUCAAUUCAAGUAGGAAAAGAAUGCAUGUUGCCCUUUUCUAUUACUUAAUGCAAGUUAUUUUGAUCUGGUUA